AUGGCAGCUCGGCAGGACUCUGACAACCUGAAAUGGGACCAGACCGAUAAACUCUGGGACGAAGAUGUUGAGCAAAUCUCAUCGAGAUCACACUCUCGAAGGGUUGAAGCCUUUGCCGAGACCGUGAAGGGUUCGCCCGGAAAGGUCAUCGAACCGGUGAUUCUCGGUGGAUUCCAUGUCCUCUAUCCCUUCCGACAAGACGGCGAAGCUUCUCCCGCAAAUGUCUUGAUACGCCUGCCUUGUCUCAGUCAAGGCAUUCUACAUGAAGAAAUGAUGCUUAGCGAAGCCGCGACGGCGAGAUACCUUGCCCAAUUUACUCAACUCAUAGUUCCCAAGGUUUACCAGUAUGGUGUCGACCCCGUUUCUGACCUCGGCCCGUUCCUCAUUAUCCAAGACAUGGGGUCACGAAAAACCUUGGGGCACGCCCUGUCACCGCCCGGUUCUGGUACGCUCUUAUUGGACCCUGAUAUUCCCGAAAUCAAACUCAAGGACCUCUAUUACAACAUUGCACAAUGCGUGCUGCAGCUUACACGACCUACGUUCUCGCGUAUUGGGGCUCUUGUCGAGACCAGCCCAGGAUCUAUCUGCGUGGCAGGACGACCCGUUACCUUCAACAUGAGUAAUAUGGUCAAACUUUCCAACAUACCAAUGUCGGUGUUACCGGCGAAAGACACAACAUACCAGACGGCCGAUGAGUGGUACGUGGAACUGGCCGAGAUGCAAAUGGCAACGCUCCUCUUUCAGCACAACGACAUGAUAUCCUCGGAAGAUGACUGCAGGACCAAAUACGUCGCACGCCAACUUUUCCGCAGAUUAGCCAAACAAGGCCGAUUAUCGAGCUUUGGCUUUGCUCAGGAUGAUUGGUCAGCCCUGGCCAAGCACACGCGUGCGACCAUGCCGAUGCCUGAUAAUUCGGGGUCUUUCCGUUUGUGGUGUGACGACUUUAGGCCGGAUAAUAUUGUCGUCGAUGACAAUGGCAACGUUCUUGGGACUAUCAACUGGGAAUUUUCGUACGUCGCGCCAACUCAAUUCACGUUGGAUUCACCCUGGUGGCUGCUGCUCGAUGUACCCGAAUCCAGGGAAAAUGGUGUUGACGAUUGGGCGACUGAUUACGAGAGGCGUCUCCCGACGUGGCUGUCAGCCUUGGAAGACGCAGAGAAGGAGGCGGGGAACUCAGGUUUGCCGUUCCCGCUCUCAGCGUACAUGCGGGACAGCUGGGCCACGGGGCGUUUCUGGCUAAACUAUGCCGCGAGAAAGAGCUGGGCAUUCGAUGCGAUUUACUGGAAAUAUCUAGAUGAAAAGUUCUUUGGCCAACGUGACCCGAAUGGCAAUAUCCCCAAAAGCGAGCUUUGGAAGACUAGGAUCCAUCUUCUUAACUCGGAAGAGCAAGCUGCUAUGGAAACCAUGGUGCAAAUCAAGAUGGAGGAGUCCAAAGAACGGAUAUUGGUGGAGUGGGAAGAUGCAGAGGCAAGACAACGUUUAUCGUCUUUUUUGUUUGACUAG